CGAGCGACUGAACUUUAUCAACAAGUUCCAUUGUUCACGCCAUACACUCGAUUCGAUCUAUUCAGCACUCCUGAGACUUGCUAGCUUCAUAUUGCGGGUUGCGACAAGCAAUGUCCAUCUAUCAGCGACGUAUCGCUAAGUAUGCACGCAGACGCGUAUUCCGGACGGUUCCGCCUAGACGCUCCCUUUCCGCCAUAUCCGGAGAACAUAUUGCGGCACUCGACCGGUGGAUCUAUUCAGAGAAAAGGCUCAUACAAUCGGAUUCCCUACGUCCGGAGCACUUGUCUGAUUUAUUUGUGACGCUGCCCACGCGCAACGGUACUGCCAGGCCACCGGAGGAACCUGAUAUAGGUGCCCCAUUGGGCUAUGGACACCAUCUCGUAUUCUUCCAUCCACGGAACCCUGAGCGCGCCUUGCGCGCAGACGGCACGGACCAGGACUUCUGUCCCCCCGAGCCGUUCACGCGCCGCAUGUGGGCUGGGGGGAGGAUGGUGUGGAAAGAUCCGCUCCUGAUCGGCGAGAAUGCUACUGCGACCUCGACGAUCGAGUCGGUAGAGAAGAGAGGGUUCAAAAACGGCUCGCCGAUGGUGUUUGUGACACAGAACAUUGCAUACCGCAAGCAAGGUACAAGCGAGAUCGCCAUAGAGGAGGAGCGGUCGCACGUCUACCUUGCGGCUCCUGGGAAUAGGCGAGGAGUGAAAGAAGCCAAGGGCUUGCCCAUCACAGCAGAUUACCGCCUGGAAUACUUGCCGAGUGCGACCAUGCUCUUCAGGUUCUCUGCGCUGACAUUCAAUGGUCACCGUAUCCAUCUUGACCGUGACUUCGCUCAGCUGUCAGAGGGCUACCCCGAGCGGCUCGUUCAUGGGCCCUUGACCGCGCUAAUGCUUCUAGAGGGCUUUGCGAUGCAUUCAUCGGGAGCUCCUUUCAAGUCCUUUGUAUAUCGCGCAAUUAACCCGAUGAUGGUGAAUCGUCACGUUGCAAUUUGUGGAGCAGUAAAAAAAGCGGAGAAUGUCGUUCAAGUGUGGGCAGAAGAUGUCGAGACAAAGGUUGUAGGGAUGGUUGGAACCGUUUAUGUGUAGCACUUGGCCUCGUUGUGAUGCUGCCAAUAAUCACGCAUGACAAGUACUAGUGCUGAUUAAUUCCACUUUGGACAACUUGA